CUCAAAUUAAUUACAGACAUGGAGAAGGACAUCAGUACUCGGGCAAAUUGUGGGAUAUUUGUCUUGGUAAUCGCGCUUUUCGCUGCGUUUUGGGCCCCCGGGAAGGCACAGGUUAGCCAGUCGUGCCUGAACAACCUUGGCCCGUGUCUGAACUACCUCAACUGGACGAACCCGCCUGACAUCUGCUGCGAAGCCCUCAAGGAGCUGAUAAAGAUGGAUUCCGAGUGCUUGUGCGGUAUGAUAAGCAACCAGGGUGCGAUGCAAGCCCAGUUCAUGGGCAUCAACGUGACCCAGGCUCAGGAACUGCCGGGAAGGUGCGGCCAACGUGUUAACCCGCUCGCUUGCCUCACAACAAGUUCUCCUAGCUCGAGAAACUCGAAUCAGCAGGAAUCAUCUGGAGUCGACAUUCGGUACCCACCUCUGAUCAAAGUGAUGAUGGCUGUUGCCCUCUCGACGACUAUUUGGAUAUUCUGCUUCUCGUCCAAGCUAGCAUGCUGAGAGUGCGUCCUGCUUCUCAUCCUUGCUACUCGCAAGGCACGCCUUAAUAAUCCACAUCAAAUGUCUGGUCAGCAAUUAACAGGGGGCAUAUGAGGAGAGUUGAGGAGCGACAUGAGAAGAGUUGAAGGGUGUUUUGGGGAGAUGCAAGCUAACCGGGAAGCUCCCAAUAUCUAAUGUCCCAUUUGGUAUGCGGGAAUGGAAUGGAAUGAAAUGUAUUUCUUUUAUAAAAUGAUAUGUAAUGGAUAUUGAAAGAAAAAGUAGUAAUUUUUUACAUAACAACAAUGGAAUAUAAUUAUAAU